AUGAAGCUCUUCCUUCCUACCCUCGUUGCCUCCGUGGUGCUCAUGCUCAAUGGCGGUGCUGACGCUCUUAACGUCAAGAUGCCCGGCGUCAACUACAAUUCGCGUAAGGGUCCGGAUUGGGCACCUGACAGUUCCAAGUGCAAGACCGCGUCUGAAGCCGAACUGGUUCUCCCGGCUGCCAAGAACGCCGGACUGAAGGUGCAUUUGGGUAUUUGGACAACCAAGAGCCACGACUACCUGCUUCAGGAGAAGGCAAAGCUCGCUGGUCUCAUUGACAAGGGACUUUACGAUAACAAUGUUAUCGGUCUCCACGUUGGUAGCGAGACCAUCUACCGUGAGGAGAUUACGGCUGACACUGCUAUCAGCUACUUGAAGGAAAUCCGUGGCUACAUCCGCAGCCGUGGCAAGAACACCCCCGUCACGAUCGCCGAUGUCAUCGACAUCUACUACGCCAACCAGCAGCUCAUUGAUGCCGUUGACUACAUUUCGGUGAACCAGUUCUCCUUCUGGGAACGCUCGGAUGUGAACGAAGGUGCUGCUGUGACUCUGGACCGUCUUAAGAGUCUUCGUGUUGCCGCGGCCAAGAAGAACAAGAAGAUCGUCAUCUCUGAAGUCGGUUGGAGCUCGGGUGGCUCAGACCCUGCCGCUGCAGUGGCGACCCCCGCGAACCAGGCCAAGUUCUUCUCGGACUUCUUCCAGAUGGCUCGUUCGCACAACUUCGACUACUACUGCAAAUCCACCGACUGGCUGGUGCAGGAGCAGCAGGUGUGGUUCUUUGACUCUGCAACGCAACAGGUGCGCUCGAAGAGCAGCGACCGCUGUCUGGAUGCCUACCAGGGUUGGAACGGUGGCAUCGUACACGUGUACCGCUGCAUGGACCAUGAAGUGAACCAGAAGUGGACGCUCGAGAGCUCCACCGGCAAGCUCAAGCAUGUCAAGCACCAGGGCUUCUGCCUCGACACGGACCCUGCUCAGGGCAACAAGCUUCAGCUGUACGGAUGCUCGCCCAACAACCCGAACCAGCAGUGGAGCGUGAUCAACCCCGCCAACAUUUGA